UGAGCGCUCGGAGUUCGAGCAGUUAGGAACUCAGAGUGCAGACAUGGUGACCUGCACUGAGAGGUUACCCGAGCAGGCCCUGCCCGCCCCAGUCAGCCCAACCAAGAGGAAGAGGGAAGGGGCAGCUCAUGAAGAGGUGACGCCGGCUGACAGGGGAGAGGGCAGCCCGUGCAGGGGCAGGAGGGUGAAGAGAGCCAGGUACCUGAGACACAGGAAGCAGGUCCUGGAGCUGAGGAGCUGUGACUCCGGGGUGUGUGACCUGUAUGAGACCCCCAGCACCAGCCCAUCCACACAGGCACCCAGGCGGGUCCUAGAUUACGGUGACACCUGCCCCUCAGACAGGCUGGGCCUGCAGAACUUCAGGGACUAUGGGGAGGACUGCUACCUGUUCAACAAGAGCCUGGAAGACAAGUUCCUCACAGCAGACUGUCUGGCCAACCAGCCACAGUUGAAGGCAGAGUCUCGCUGUAAACUCAUCAGCUGGCUGAUUCCAGUGCACAGACAUUUGCAAUUGGGCUUCGAAUCGUUGUGUCUUGCAGUCAACAUUCUGGACAGAUUCCUUUCCUGCACACCAGUGGCAGCUGAUUGUUUUCAGUUAGUAGGUGUCACUUCACUGCUCAUCGCUUGCAAACAGGUAGAGACACGACCUCCGCGUGUGAAACAACUGCUUUCUUUGUGCUGUGAUGCCUUCUCGCGGGAGCAACUUUGUAAUCUGGAAUGCAUUAUUUUACUCAAGUUGCACUUUCGUCUUUGUGCCCCCACUAUCAACUUCUUUCUACAACACUUCACCCUUACGAGAUUACCCAAUUGGGAACCCUCUGACAAGGACCUUGCCAAUGGAUCCAAGACCCUGACUGUCGCCAGAAGCAUAGCAGAGCUGAGCUUGGCUGAUUAUGCUUUUAAUUCUUACCCUCCUUCACUAAUGGCUGUUUGUUGCUUGAUCGUGGCAGACCGCCUUCUGUGCAAUGAAGUAUGUGUACAGACUGGGAGUUAUCCUCUCAGUCUGCUGCAGGAAUGCAUGGGCAACAUUGACUUACUGGUUUCUUUGAACCUAAACUCCUUACAAUGCCUUUUACCAUGUGACCUCCCAGACAAGACUAUGGAUGUGGAUAAUUGACAGUCUCCAUAUAAGUAUGGCUUCCAAUUAGUAGGCAGUUUUUAGAAAUAAAUUAUAGAUAUUAUAUUAAACAAAAUCUUUUAUUUAAGACACUGCUGAAUAUACAAAAAAAAAAGAUUUAGCAGUUUAAUCAGUUCUUAUAGAAUUUUAUAUUUGU